CGGUGGGGGGGUGGUGGUGCUGGUGGUGCUGCUGCAGCCGCGGGCAGAGCCUUCCCCUCCCGCCGGGCCGGGCGGGGCGGGCUUCGGAGCAGAGAUGUCUCAGGAGCGGCCCAAGUUUUACCGGCAGGAGCUGAACAAGACGGUGUGGGAGGUGCCCGAGCGCUACCAGAACCUUUCCCCCGUCGGCUCCGGGGCCUACGGUUCCGUGUGCUCUGCCUUUGACACAAAAACGGGGUUGCGUGUGGCUGUAAAGAAGCUGUCCCGACCAUUUCAGUCUAUCAUCCAUGCCAAGAGGACCUACCGAGAGCUGCGGCUGCUUAAGCACAUGAAACAUGAAAAUGUGAUUGGCUUGUUGGAUGUGUUCACCCCUGCCAAGUCUCUAGAAGAAUUCAAUGAUGUGUACUUGGUGACGCACCUGAUGGGAGCAGAUCUGAACAACAUUGUGAAAUGCCAAAAACUCACUGAUGACCAUGUGCAGUUCCUCAUAUACCAGAUUCUUCGGGGACUGAAGUACAUCCAUUCAGCUGACAUAAUACACAGGGAUUUAAAACCUAGUAACCUGGCUGUAAAUGAAGACUGUGAGCUAAAGAUCCUGGAUUUUGGCUUGGCCCGACACACGGAUGAUGAGAUGACUGGGUACGUGGCUACCCGGUGGUACAGGGCCCCCGAGAUCAUGCUGAACUGGAUGCAUUACAACCAGACAGUUGAUAUUUGGUCAGUGGGAUGCAUUAUGGCUGAACUGUUGACUGGAAGAACGUUGUUCCCUGGAACAGACCAUAUUGAUCAGUUGAAGCUCAUUUUGAGACUCGUUGGAACCCCAGGGCCUGAGCUUUUGAAGAAAAUCUCCUCAGAGUCUGCAAGAAACUACAUUCAGUCUUUGUCUUACAUGCCAAAAAUGAACUUUGAAAACGUGUUUAUUGGCGCCAAUCCACUAGCUGUGGACUUGCUAGAGAAGAUGCUGGUUCUGGAUACGGACAAACGAAUUACCGCAGCAGAAGCACUGGCUCAUGCCUACUUUGCUCAGUAUCAUGACCCGGAUGAUGAACCAGUGGCAGACCCCUAUGACCAGUCCUUUGAAAGCAGAGAACUUGAGAUUGAGGAAUGGAAAAGCCUGACUUACGAUGAAGUCAUCAGCUUUGUGCCACCACCACUUGACCAAGAGGAGAUGGAGUCCUGAGAAACUGCUCUCUUCUGCUCAUCCCACUUCACUGUGAGGGGAAGGCCUUUUCGUAGGGACUCUCCAGCUAUCAUUCAAGUGCCUCGUCACAAUAUUCUCCUUGGUGGAGGGGUUUUGUGUGUGUUGAACUGGAGGGGUGGGAGGGGGGAGGGAAGAAGCUGAGUCUAUGUAAACAUGCUGCAUGCUCUCUUGUAUUCUGUGUCCAGCCUGGAGCAAGCCUCUGAAGAACCUGUUGUGCCCGCGCAUUAGUCCUGCCAGAGUAACAGUGCACAAACAGUUUGCACUGCUGGGGCGAGGUGGGGAAGGUGAUGUUAAGUUUGGUUACAAUCAUUGCCAUUUAUCAAUUCUUCUACAACUGAAUAACCUCAAAAGAGUGGAAGUUGGUUUAUAGGCUUAGAGAGUCCUCUGUUUCCUUCAGGACUGCAGGUGGUGUUGAGGGAUGUCCUUGCUCAAUGCCAGAUGGCUGAUUUAUGUCCAGGUCUUCCUGGUACAGUAGAGUGUACAGGCCUUCUCAUGUCCAAUUCAUGGAUCAUGAAAAGGUUUUGUUUGAACCUGUAAAUAUGUUUGUGCCUUAAAUGAAUGGGGAGAGAGGGGAAAUGAAGUCUAGAGCUGAAAUCUGACCUGCUGGAUUUUGGGGGGGAAAGGCUCCCAGAUAGUCAGGCAUGAACUCUGUGUUACCUGGAAAUAACUUUCCAAGGCAGCAGCCUCUACCCCUGGAUUGAGUGUUCCUGUAUCUUUCCCUCUUGCCCUCCUCUCAUUCUGAGGCUUCCCAGCAUUAAUCCCCAGGAGACAGAGGCUGGAGAAGAUUCUUGCUAGCCACACAUUGGUGUAUUUUGUCCUUACAAGCUGGGGUGGUUUUGCAUGUCGUAGCUGUCUGUGCAUGUAGAGCUGCUUGAUUUUUCUCAUUACUUCUCGGGGAUGGCAGUGGGGCAGUUAAACCAUCAGUGAACACCGAGUACCUCAGCCAGUGCCAUGAAAUCACAGCAUCCUUCCUCAUGUGUUGCAGCUCAUUGUGAAAUACCUGCCAUGCUGGAGGCUCUGAGGAGGAAAGGAGAAAACAUAUGGCAUAGACGCAUGCACCUUUUAGUUUGUUCUGACCUUUUGGUUUCAGAGGAGGAGAGGUUGGGAUGAAGGGUUUCUUGUGAGAUCAAAUGUAAAAUAUUCUAAGAACCAGCUAUGGCAUCUUGUGCCACAACUUAAGUUAUUUCCUGACAAGAUGUUUUUAGAAGUAUUGGAAUCCAAAGCAAAGAAAUAAGCAUGCAUAAAUCCACAAUCUCCCUUUUGCUGUCUAUAUCUAUAAAUAUAAAUAUUUAUAUAUAAAAACCUAACAUUUACUAAAGGUUGUGGGGUUUUUUUACCCUCUUGGGUAAGAGCUGCUUGGCUGUUUUUGAGCAGGUUGAUCUCUGCCUGAGGAAACACAAAAAAGGGAGUUUGUUUGAAUGCAAACGUAGUUCAGAUACUUUGAAUUUUAUAGGACUCCGCAUGAGUGAAACACCCAGAGGUAGAGACCUGCAGGAAGGAGGUUUCCCAGCAUGUGUGUGUGCUGGAACUGCACCUGGGGAGCUCAGGAGCCCAGUUUUAGGACUUCAAGGAGAUGGUUUUAGACAUUUAUGUGUGGACAGUGUAGUUGUGUAUGUGAGGAGAAAGGCUUUUGCAGUAUUUUGUACCCUUGUUACCUAUGGGAUGGAGAGGAAUCGUCAGUAGUGUUUUUUACCCUGUUUGGAGAGGCUGCACAAAGGGAUGGGACAAUUGAUUCUUCAUAGGCCUCUUUCCAGUUAUCUCUUCAGGUCAAACACUUUAUUAAGGUGUGAGGUGAGGUGAAGAGAGCAGUUACGUCAUGCUCUGGGAUAAAACUCUCCUCAGCCCGACAAAAUCAAGAUACAAACCCCUCCCUUUUCUGCUGGACCAGCAGUCCAGGAAUCCAAAUGAAAAUGUAGAUACACUCUAAACCUACAGCAAGAUUAUUUUUAAUCUGCCAUUUUAUGUGUAGAUGCUACAGUGUGGUUUUGUGCAGAUAUUGCUAAAGAUUUUAAAACCCAAUCUAGACAUUGUGUGUGUGUGUGUGUGUGUGUGUCUGUGUGUGAGUGGGAAUGUUCCAUCCGGAGCUUGUCCUUGGAGGCAGACCAUGUGGGAUGCACUCCCUUGCCUGCAGUGCAGCCUGAACAGGACGCACUUGCAAGAAGAGAUCUGCUCUUUGGGUUCUAUCCAUGAACUUUGCUGUAAUUGGUUAUGACAGAGAAUAUGUCGUGAUACCACUGGUUUAAAAAAUAAAACCUAUUUUUCAGA